AUGAAUACCUUGAGUCAAGAUGACAGGAUGCACCUCAAUCAUGCCAAAGCUGAACUAAUUCUUUACCAUAAAAUGGUUGAUACAUUCUGGAAGAAAAAGGCCAACCUCAAAAGGCACCUUGAGGGUGAUGAAAAUACCAAAUAUUUUCACAACAUGGUCAAGGGCAGAAGGAAGUUCCUCAAUAUUCAUAGAAUCUAUGCAGAUGAUCAAUGGAUAGAAGGAAGUGAAAAUAUUGCUGAUGCUGCUAUGAAGUUCUAUCAAGACAUAUUCUCAGAAGAAAACAUAUCCUUUGAUAAUAGUAUCCUUAACUGCUUCCCAUGUUUGAUUAUUGAUUCUGAUAACUAUAUGCUCCUUGUUGAUCCCUCUAUGGAUGAAGUUAAAAAUGUCAUUUUUGACAUCAAUCACAAUAGUUUUCCUGGACCUGAUGUCCUUAUUUCUAAGACUGAAGCUCCACAAUCCUUUACUGAUUUUAGACCAAUUACACUUAGUAAUAUUUCUCAAAAAGUAGUGUCUAAGGUUCUAAAUGAAAGACUAGCCAAAGUUCUUCCAAAUUUAAUCUCUGAAAGCCAAAGUGGUUUCAUUAAAGGCAAACUAUUGGUGAAAAAUGCUUUACUUGCACAGGAAAUUAUUCAUGACAUCAGACAUCCUAAUAAGGCGAUUCCUCCAAGAAAGAAAAAAGUCAGCGCAAUACUGGGUGCUGCUGGAGAAGAUGUUGAGUCGGUGGAGUUGGCCUCUUAUGGAUUGCGAGAUAUGGCUGUUCAUUGGCAUAGUACCUGGGUAUCUUCUAGAGGGGUAAAUACACCUACACCGGUCUGGCAAGAGUUUGUAAAAGCUUUUCUAUGA